AUGGCCGACGCAUCGCAGGCGCAAUCAUCUCGAAACGCGUCCCAAGCUCCUCUACAGCCACAGAAGAUCCCGGAUCUCAUCCGAAGCUUUCGAGCUGUCAAGUUGUUUAGCAACCCAGGCUAUGUGACAUCUUUGGAUUUUGACGACCAGGGCGACUUUCUGGUCGCGGCCGGUGAAGAUGAAGUAAUUCAAAUUUACGAUGUCAAAGAGGGAAAAUCCACAAAAUCGGUUCCCAGCAAGAAAUAUGGCGUACACCUGGCCAGAUUCACACAUCACUCGCGCCAAGUCCUGCACGCCAGUACCAAGGAUCAGAACAAGGUUGAUCACUCUCUUAGGCUGCUUGAUGUCCAUAAUGAAGGUUACGUUCGUUAUUUUUCCGGACAUACAGACCAAGUGACUGCCUUAACUGUCUCACCCGGCGGUGAUCAAUUCGUGUCCUGCUCGAAGGAUAAUACUGUUGCACUAUGGGAUCUUGCCUCCCGAAAUGUUCAGGGAAGACUGCAUCUUGCGACCCCAUAUUUGGUGGCAUUCGACCCUUCUGCCUCAGUCCUCGCCAUCGCAUCCCAAUCCACCUCCUCCAUCCUUCUCUAUGACUUCCGCAACUACGAUAAACCUCCUUUUUCCACAUUUGACCUGUCUACCUACGAAGAGCUCUACACCCCAUCAACUCGUGGACGCGCUUGGACAAAACUUGAGUUUUCUAAUGAUGGAAAGUCUCUCUUGAUCGGAACAGACUAUCACGGUCACUAUAUCCUGGAUGCCUUUGAUGGAUCCGUGAAAGCAUUCCUCACUGGCAAAAGAGGACCAACUGGCCGUGCUGCGCCGGUAUCCUCCACUGGAAAGCCUUUGGGACAAGGUGAUGCUUGUUUCACUCCCGAUGGCCGAUAUGUUCUUGGGGGCAACGGCGACCAGAAUGAGAUGCUUGUUUGGGACCUGCAGCAGGAGGGCGACGAAAACCGCAAGCUACAACCUAUGAGCAGACUGGCCAACCGUGGGCGCACUUCGAUCAUCGAGUACAACCCACGUUAUAACAUGAUUGCCAGCACUGAUAAGGAUACGAUCUUCUGGCUGCCAGAAGAAGCCAAGUAG